UUUUUAUGCGAGUGGUAAAAAUGAUUCAUAUUUCAAGUUUGAUUAGAAUUUAUUUUGGGUGGAUAAAUUCGACACAGAAAAGGAGAGACUGUGCCAAGUUGGCCUUUGCCCACUGGCUUGGCCGCAAUUAUUCUCAGGAAAAUGACGCCAUUCGUGACAUCAUUCUCUCCCGACAACACUCCUUACGGUCCAACCAAUCCCAGCAUCCACCUGGCAACAUCACCUCCGUUCAAAUAAUCAUCCUCAAUGAUCAAUUCCAUAUAUAAUUUUAUACCACACACGAUCCAAUAUUUAGCCCUUUGUUUCUCUACACACAUCUCACAUCCCCCUAUCUCUCUCUCUCUUCAAACGUUUUAGUUCCCCAAAAAAAUAUCAAAAGAACUAAAAGAAAAACCCUAGAAGCCGAAGAAUCUCCUACUCGUUGUCGAUCGGAUCACCUAACUAAUUACUCGUUGAUAAUCAUUAUAUCGAGAAAUAUGAUUAAUUUUGAGGCCACGGAGCUGAGAUUAGGGCUACCGGGUGGGAAUCACGGAGGAGAAAUGGCUGGAAAAAAUAAUGGUAAAAGAGGAUUUUCUGAGACUGUUGAUCUCAAACUGAAUCUUUCAUCGACGGCUAUGGAUUCAGUUUCCAAAGUCGAUUUAGAGAAUAUGAAGGAGAAGGUCGUAAAACCACCAGCCAAGGCACAAGUUGUGGGAUGGCCACCGGUACGAUCUUUCCGCAAGAACGUCAUGUCCGGCCAAAAACCGACCACCGGAGAUGCCACCGAAGGAAACGAUAAGACUUCUGGCAGCAGUGGAGCCACCUCAUCCGCCUCCGCAUGUGCCACCGUGGCUUAUGUGAAGGUUAGCAUGGACGGUGCACCGUACCUACGGAAAAUUGACUUGAAACUCUACAAAACUUACCAAGAUCUCUCCAACGCCUUAAGCAAAAUGUUUAGCUCUUUUACCAUAGGCAACUAUGGACCACAAGGAAUGAAAGAUUUCAUGAAUGAGAGUAAAUUGAUCGAUCUUCUAAACGGAUCAGAUUAUGUUCCAACAUAUGAAGAUAAAGAUGGCGACUGGAUGCUUGUAGGAGACGUACCGUGGGAGAUGUUUGUUGAUUCAUGCAAACGUAUACGAAUAAUGAAGGGAUCAGAAGCAAUCGGACUUGCUCCAAGGGCAUUAGAAAAGUGCAAGAACAGAAGUUGAGUUCUCGACGACAUUUCGUGUUCUUACCUAAAAAAGGAAGAAAGCCUGUUUCGAUCGGUUGGAUAUCUCGAACCGAGAAAGCUAAACCGGCUCGAAACUAUUGUUCCGAGCAAGGAGUUUGCUUAUAAUAUUAAUUAAUAAUAAUAUUAAUAUUGUGGUGUAUUACAUUUUAAAAAAUUAAAUCGUUUUUGUUAUAUGUAUUAUAUACAUAUAUUAAUAUGUAUAUUUAAUUAGGUUGCAUCUAUUUCCGUUAAAACCAACUUUUGUUUUUACGCAUUAUCGUGUUGUCUAUAUGGUCUGUGUCCGUAAGGCAUCUUAAUGUGUUACUUUGACGUACCAAAUUAUUACUUACAUUAUUUCAUUUCUCAACAAUCUUUUUUUAUCCAACAUUUUCAACCACCUUAAAUUAUACCUUUUUGUUUGUUUAUUCUUUAUUUUAGUAACUUUUCAAUAAGUGGAGCUAAAUGACAUGAGAUGGUUAACAAUCGUAAAACCAACAAACGGAAGAUUAGUAGUGCGGAUCUUUUUGUAUCAAUGUAACUCGAAGACCAAUUAUUGUCGUGCGUAUAUAUAAGGUUGGCCUCAACAGGAUCCAAUUGGUGUUUAGUGUCUAUUUCUUUCUUUUUUAAUAAGGUUGGCCUGGCCUCAAUUAUUGUUUUUUUUUAUUUCUAAUAUUACAUUUAUCAAUUUUUGGUGUUUUUUCGGUGAAACACAAAUGAAAAAACUUUAAAUAGAUCAAGGUAAUGUGGGUGGUGGAAAGGGCAAGAGCAUGUGGAUAAUGUAGAGUUGUUGGGGGACAAUAUUUUAAUGAAUUCCGAGUAAAUUAAUAAUGUCUUUA